AUGGGUACUAGUCUCUUGAGAAAUUUUGCUUGUCUUGGUCAAGUUAAGUCACGUGAUUGGUGAAGACAAAGCCUCGAUCUCAAAAUGGGUCACAUUUCUUACUCCACCUGCCAGCUGAGAUAAUGAAAAGGUAGCAGGUACGUUUAAUUACUUGCGUUGCAGGCAUGGCGGGAAGCAACAGUUUGUACGAAAUACUUGGCUUGAGCAUGGCGGUAAAUCGCCAGAACAACGCCUUCAGUGGGAGCGUCAAUAACAACAAUAACCACAAAAACCUCGAGCUUGCAACUAACACAACACCUGAGAAUGAGGUGGACAAUAGCAGUAACAUAUUGACCAGUGUGUCAAGUCUAUUCAACAACCCUCGAUUCAGCGAUAUCACAUUGGUGGUUGGCAGUGAGAGGUUCCAUGCACAUAAGUUGUUAUUGGCUACUGCAAGCGAUGUUUUUGAAACAAUGCUGACCUCUGAUCGUUGGCAGGAUGGAAAUGCAGGGGAAAUUACUUUCCAUGAAAGUGAGGAAUGUUUGCCUGUGUUCAGCAUAGUGAUGAGGUACAUUUACACUGGGAAGAUCAGUCUGACAAUGGAAAAUGUGAUUCCAGUUCUGGUUCUAGCUGACAAAUACAAUUUGCUCCCCUUAAAGGAGUCCUGCGCUGAGUACAUGGCAUCUCACCUGGCAGAGAGCUGCAGCGCUUGUACUAUAGUCAGUUGGUAUCAGUAUGCAAAGACCUGUGAUUUGAAAGAGUUUGAGAAGAUAUGCUGCAAGUUUAUAGUAUUGAACAUUGGAAUUGUCAUCUUAUCAGAGGACUGGGUGAGGCUGGACAAGAGCAACUUGAUGGACUUUUUGAGACGUUCAGACAUGGUGAUAGAAAGUGAGUUUGCCUUGUUCAAUGCAGUUGUAAGCUGGAUGAUCAGUGCUGAACACGUAGAGGACAUUGAAGAAAACCUUGAAGACAUUGUCCCCCUUAUCCGCUUUCCCUGGAUGAAACCCCAAGAGUUAUCAGAUUUGGAACACCUGGAUUUUGUCAACAAGUACUAUAAGUAUUUUGCACCUCAUAUCCUCAGUGCAUACAGGUAUCAUGCUGUCAUUGAGGAAUAUCGCACAAAAGAAAAGUUCAGAUUUCCAAACAGCCAGUUAGUGUGUAGAAAUUACACCAAUGCAGACAUCAAAAUGAACUUCAACAAGAAAGUCAGUGGUUUCAGCAAUGCCAGAGGAAUCAACUACAAAUCUACAUUUGAUGCCAUACUGUGUAACUCAUAUGCAGACAGGGAGAACUUCUUUAACUGUGUCAUCAACUAUUAUCCAAAAGGCCUUCCCUUUAGUAUUCCUGUAGACUCCAGUGCCAAGCUGUCCCUUCAACUCCUCCAAGCUGAUCGCUCACCUGCCCAAGUCUCCUGUGAGGUGUCAGUCAUCAUCUAUGCCAGACACAAGGACAUUCGGUAUGUGUCACAGUGUAUUGAAAUAGAGCACACAUUUGGUGGAAUGCAGGAGCUGGCCAUAGAUCUGCUGGAUUUGGCUUUAUUAAACAAGGACUCUCCAUACCUAUUUGAUGAUGUCUUUGAAAUUCAUUUGUUUGUUAAGCGUCUGGGGUCCUCAUAAUUGCAGGAUUGCAUUUGCUGUAAAAUUGUAUCCAAAAAUUUAAGAUCUUAUUAUAGGGCUGUAUGAAAGUGUGUUUGGGACCAUUCGGAAAAGAGGGUCUGAGUAUCAACUGGACCAAGGGUCAAAUAUGCCAGACCCUAAGUGAAAGGAAGACCGCUUAAUCCUGUAAUGGUUUCUCUGACUCUCACACUCUUCCCCAUGCAUCUGGUCAAAUGGAGCUGAGAUUUAAUUACUGUGCUCCUGCAGGGACAAUUCUUUGGGAAGCGUGUGAGAGUCGGAGAGACCAUUACAGGAUUAAGCGGUCUUCCUUUCAUGUAGGGUCCGUCACAUUUGAUCCUUGGACCAGUUGAUACUUGGAUUUUCUAUUCUAAAUGGUCCCUUUGUGUUGCCAUAAAAUGAUUACUGUCUCACAAAGAUGUAGAUUAACUAAUGAAAUGCCCCCUUUUUGUUUUGUUUGUAGUUUUGCACACAUUCUAAAAUGUCUCAUCUCACUUGUUAUUUAUUAAUUUGUAAAAAUCAGUAAUGCUGUUUUUUAGUCUUAGAUCUGUUGCAGCAGGGAUGUAUUAGAAAACUAAUCAUUAUAUAAACAUAUAUUUGAAGGUGUUCUAGUCUUUAGGUAAUACUUAUGUAUGGGUGUGAUUGGCUGGAAGACUUAUUAUAUUGAUAAACUAGAUUUCAUUUUUUCAUUAAGUUGUAGACAGUGGAAGAUGGGUUUGUACAAUAUUGUGUUGUGUUAACUAAUAUCAUGUUUUGUUAUUUCUUCACUGAGAUUGGGGUGUGCAAUACAUUUAAUUGAUACCUUCAGAGCAAGCAUUUAGAAUCGUAAUUUUAACUCUGUUGAACAACCUUUUAAAUUGGUCUAAAGUUUAUCACAAGAAUUGACCAUUUCCAGUUUAUAAUAAGUGCAUUUUAUGUUAUUAGGUAAUACAAAUGUGUUUGUGUUGGUAGUGAGUUUAGAACAGCUGUGUUCAGUUUUAUCAUCAUUUUUUUUUUUUUUUUUGUAUUUAAGUUAAAUUCAGUUUUAUUUGCUCAAACGUUCAAAGUAUCAUGAAAGCAUUGUAUUUAUCAUAGAAUGACUUUGAAUUUAAAUCUUUCAGUUUUUAUUGCAUGUUUGCAAAGGAUGUUUCAUAACAGUAUAAGUUAUAAGAAGUUUUAAGUUAACGUACAUUUAAAAUCUUAGAAAAUGAAAGAUAACUACAUUAAUACAGUAUUUAUGUAUUUGUAAUGUAAUGAAAUAAAGGCAGAAAAUUUA